CUAGAGUUGGAUUUUAGGGUUUUUGAAUCUUGAGAACGAAGAUGUGUUCGUUAUCGAUGCAAUUCUCGCUCUUGCAAUCACCAUCUCGACCUUCUUCGUCUUUUUUAGCCAACCAUGAACCUAAACUCUCUACUUCUUCCUCCUCUGUGAGCUUCCCCUUGAAGACUUGGAAGAGUACCGGAAGUGGGAAUUUGAUGGUUCUAAGAGUUAAAGCUUAUGGUUCUUCUUCUUCUGAUUCCUCUCCAGAGUCUAAUGGCACUCGGCCCAAAAGCAGGAGGGAUAUUCUACUGGAGUAUGUUCAGAAUGUGAAGCCUGAGUUCAUGGAGAUGUUCGUUAAACGUGCCCCUAAACAUGUGGUUGAUGCAAUGAGACAAACUGUGACGAAUAUGAUUGGAACUCUGCCACCGCAGUUUUUUGCGGUUACUGUCACCUCUGUUGCUGAGAAUCUUGCACAGCUGAUGAUGAGCGUAUUGAUGACUGGAUAUAUGUUUAGAAAUGCUCAGUAUCGUCUUGAAUUGCAACAAAGUUUGGAGCAGGUUGCUCUUCCUGAACCACGUGAUCAAAAGGGGGGUGAUGAAGACUAUGCACCUGGAACUCAAAAGAACGUUUCAGGGGAAGUAAUUAGGUGGAAUAAUAUUUCUGGUCCUGAGAAAAUUGAUGCAAAAAAGUAUAUCGAGCUUCUAGAAGCGGAGAUCGAAGAACUCAACCGUCAAGAGCUUACAAGCACUGCAGGCGAAGAUGUUGCUGUAGCCAUGAAUACAUUUGUCAAGAGGCUUCUAGCUGUGUCAGACCCAAAUCAAAUGAAGACGAAUGUGACAGAGACAAGCGCAGCGGACCUUGCAAAAUUGUUGUAUUGGUUAAUGGUAGUUGGAUAUAGCAUUCGCAAUAUCGAGGUUAGGUUUGAUAUGGAACGUGUGCUUGGUACUCAACCGAAGCUUGCAGAGCUGCCUCCUGGUGAAAUUAUUUGAACACUGUAAUGAAUAAAACCGGGGGCUUUUU